AAUUGGAGUACGAGGUGACUUGGGCCGAGGAGACGCCAUUUUUGAAGUCUCGUGUAUAAGAUGAGUGUGUGAUGUGUGAUUGUGCGAUGGGAGAGAGGAAUAAAAGAGGUAGUAAAGGACAUUUCCCAGCAAGAUGUGUCACAAAUAGGCACAGCAUCAGACACUGAGGCGUUGUUAUCUGGACAAGUUAGAGCAGAUCUUGAAAUUACAUGCAUCUUGAUGAAUCAUCCUGUAUAUCGAAUUAGAUCGCACAGAACGUUACUUUCCAAAAUAAAUUGCAGCAACAGAUUCUCCAUCUAACGAUACUAGUCUUUAAUUCGUCUCCAGUUGGAUGUGGUUUCUGUAACUGCGCAUAUUUUUUGAUCGUGGGGACUGCGUACGCGUUGUCCCUGUUUUUCUUUUACCUUCAUACUACUGGAAAAUGGAAAUAUGGACGAAUAACUGAAUGCAGUCCGGAACCAUAUAUUAAACUUGACUGAUCUAACGAUACUCCGGAGAAUUAAUUUUUAUCUAUCGCGGUUUACUGUGUUAAUUUCGAUUGAGAGAGCAAUUAAAGAACUAAUGAGCUAUUAUUUGACGAUACUUGUGGCUAAAUGAAAUGAAAUGGUAUCAUUGGACACAAUUAUUUUCAAAAAUUCCUUCAAAAUGAAGUAAAAUAUUUAACAAAAGACAGAUAACGUGAUAAUUAAAUAUAUUGCAACACAUCAUGAGCUUUUGGUUUAAUUUAGUGAAAAACACGUUUCUCGAGAUGUUGCAUUUAUUGUGGGUUGGUACAAAUUUGUGUUUUGGCCAACGGAGAAUAUCAAAUUAUUUGAGCAUAUAUAUCAAAACAAAUACAGGGAAAACACUCUCUGUCGAAUUAGACCCAAAAUGGGAUAUAAAGAAUCUGAAAGAAAUUGUUGCCCCAAAGAUGGGAAUGGCAGCCGAGGAUAUUAAGAUUAUAUUUGCUGGUAAAGAGCUGCAUAAUUCAAUUGUAAUUGAAGAAUGUGAUUUGGGUCAACAAAGCACUUUACACGCAGUAAGGAAUCCACAUAAAAAAUUAAAAAAUCAGUGUGCUUCUAGUUCUAUAGAAGAAUACAAAUCUGAGAGCUCUGACUUGAACGAAAGUGGUAGCAAACCUAUGAAUGAAACUCUUACAGAUUUGUCUUUGGACUCAUCUGAUCAACACAAUUUAUCUACAGAAGAGCAGCAAGACAAUCGAGCACAUUUUUACAUAUAUUGCCCAGGACCUUGUAAGAUUGUGACAGCGGGUAAGCUGAGAGUCAAAUGUGCAAAAUGCAAUAGCGGCGCUGUCACCGUCGACAGAGACCCUCAAUGUUGGUCGGACAUAUUAGAACCGAAUAGGAUAACUGUACAUUGUGAGAAUGACUUUUGUCCUGCAUCCUCACUUAGCGAAGAGGAAUUCCAAGUCACUUACGCUCACUUCUACUUCAAGUGUACAAGACAUGUCAGCUUAGGAGAGGAUGACAAAGUCAUACCUCUUUAUCUCAUUAGAGCAAAUUUAAGGAAUGUCCCUUGCUUAGCGUGUACAGACGUCAGAGAGACGGUAUUGGUAUUUCCGUGCGAAGCUCAUCAUGUAACUUGUCUCGAUUGCUUUUGCGAGUACUGCAUAGUUCGCUUGCAAGAACGACAAUUCCAAUUCGACUCCGUCGAAGGCUACUACACCUUGCCGUGCCCUGCUGGAUGCCCCGACUCUUUUAUUUCCGAAGUUCAUCAUUUUCAUCUUCUUAACGCGGAACUGUACAACAAGUAUCAGAGAUUCGGUACGGAAGAAUACGUUUUACGCAGCGGUGGCUUUCUGUGUCCGAUGCCAGACUGUGGAAUGGGCAUUAUACCGCCCACUAUCGAGGAACAAGCGGAGAAAGAUGAUGACCAACGCCGGAGGAUUCAGUGCAUUGGUGGAUGUGGUUAUGUUUUCUGCAGACUUUGUUUACAAGGAUACCAUACAGGAAAAUGCGAAUUUCAGCCAUUGGGAGCGUCUACAGAUGUCUCCUCACUUAGAAACUAUUCAGUGGAUCCUCUGAGAGCUAAGGAUGCCAAGUGGGACGAGGCUAGCAGGAAGACGAUACAAGUAUCCACGAAACCUUGUCCUCUGUGCAGAACUCCUACUGAAAGAGAUGGAGGUUGUAUGCACAUGGUAUGUAUGAGAGCAGGAUGUGGGUAUCACUGGUGUUGGGUGUGUCAAAUGCAGUGGACCAGAGAAUGUAUGGCUAAUCAUUGGUUUGGAUAACACGUUGAGAUGAGACUUUACCUUCGAUUAUAUUAUAUACAAUUGUUAGUAAUAAAAGCUUUUGCAAUUUA